CCAAUCUCAGAUCUUCAGCUGAAAACACAUCAAACACAUUAGAUACAGAGUGUAAUUCGGCUACAAACGAAUCGAUUUGUCAAGAUGAUGUCCGGCAAUUACACUUCCAUAGACAAUCAAAAUGUUGGCGGAUCUGUUCCGGCAGUCGCCGAUUCGCCGGCGCAUGUUGCCGUCAAAUUUGCUGAUUCCAGUCUUCAGACAUUUCCGCCUUCCGGAGCUCAGGGGAAAAUAUCCGGUGCCGCACAACCUCCUCGUGAUGCCGAUGAUUCAUUUGGAAAACCAGCGGCUGGUUCUGACGAACCUCAGCAAAGCGGUUGGUUUCGGUCGUUCACAAUUGCUGCGUACAAGCCCUAUUUUGAUGUUGAUACAGCUGAUGUUUUGGAAAGGAUAAAAGAUUCGCUGUUUCCUUUCAAUGGAAGCUUCUCUGAAAAGACUGCUAAUAACCCAGAUUUGUACGGGCCUUUCUGGAUCUGCACUACCUUGAUAUUUGUGGCAGCUUCCAUUGGAACAUUUGUUACUUAUAUAGCACACAAAGUGCAGAAAAAAGAAUGGGACUACGAUAUUAAUCUGAUGACCUGGUCUGCUGGUCUAUUUUACGGCUAUGUCUCUAUAGUGCCUCUUGCCUUGUAUUUAAUCCUGAAAUACUUCUCCGCUCCAUCCGGCUUCGUCCAUCUCCUCUGUCUGUAUGGCUACUCACUGUUUGUCUUCAUUCCUGCUAUGUGUUUAUCUGUUAUACCUCAGGAAAUCGUGAGAUGGGUAGUCGCUGGUGUAGCUGGCUUCAUGUCCGCUUCAUUCGUUGCCCUCAACCUGAGAAACCACAUAAAGUCUGCCGGUGAGAGAUGGUUCCUCAUUGUUGCUGGUAUCUUCUUGUUGCAGCUGGCUCUUGCUUUGGUGCUUAAACUCUAUCUGUUCACCAUCUCAGUAUAACCGUAAUUGUGAUCAUAGAGAGAAAGAGAGAGAGAGAGAGAGAGAGUUGUGGACUUCAUUUUUUCAAAAAUCUACUACUACUAUAUGCUAAUUGUAAGUUGGAUGGAAUAUACCAUAAUCAUUCAUUUUUGACGGUGUUGUACGUGUUUUAAUGGAUCAAAAUGUGAAUACUCAAUAUAUACCUUGAAUUCAAUCAAAUUUACCCUAUUGAGA